GAUGCCGUGCGGGCAGCCCGACAGCGGGGCCGCGGCCGCCCCGGCGCGGUACGUGCUGGGGGUGGACGUGGGCAGCACGGUGGUGAAGUGCCACGUCUAUGACCGCGCGGCCGCCGUCAGGGGCUCCAGCUGCAGGAAGGUGGAGUCGCUUUAUCCUCGUCCUGGAUGGGUUGAAUUAGAUCCUGAAGUGCUGUGGAGUCAAUUUGUUGGUGUAAUAAAAGAGGCUGUACAAACUGCAGGGCUUCACAUGGGGCAAAUUGCUGGUCUUGGCAUCUCCACACAGAGGGGAACUUUCAUUACAUGGCACAAGAGGACAGGGAAACCUUUUCAUAAUUUCAUAAGUUGGCAAGACAUAAGAAGUGCUGAACUUGUGCGUUCCUGGAAUAAGUCCCUUCUGCUGAAGGUAAUCCACGUUAUUUUUACAGUGCUUCAUUUCUUGACUGGGAACGAUCGAUAUUUGGCACCAAGUUUUCUUACUUUUUCAACACAACAAACUUCUAUGAAGUUGUCAUGGGUUUUUAAAAACAUACCUGAGGCUGAAGAAGCUGCCAAAAAAAACAACUGCUGCUUUGGGACAAUUGACACAUGGUUACUGUAUAGAUUGACUAAAGGUUCUGUGUAUGCUACAGAUUACUCCAGUGCCAGUUCUACAGGCAUUUUUGAACCCUUUACGAAAUGCUGGAGCCCCACUUUAUGUAAUCUACUUUCUCUUCCGAAGUCUAUUUAUCCACCAGUGAAAGACACGAGCUUCAACUUCGGAUCAGCUGACUCUGAAAUAUUUGGGGUACCUAUUCCAAUAAUGGCACUGGUAGCUGAUCAGCAGUCAGCUAUGUUUGGAGAAUGCUGCUUCCACCCAGGAGAUGUUAAACUGACAAUGGGAACAGGUGGAUUUUGGAAUGUGAAUACUGGAGAGCGUCUCUUUGCGUCACAGAGAAGUCUUUAUCCACUGAUUGGUUGGAAGAUUGGGAAAGAAGUUGUUUACUUAACUGAAGGCACUAUAUCGGACAUCGGCACUGCCAUAAAAUGGGCUCAGGAUAUAGAUCUUUUCACCAAUGUAGAUGAAACAGCAGAAAUGGCACAGAGUGUUGCUGAUUCUCAAGGCGUUUGUUUCAUUCCAGGUCUUCAGGUUUCUGUGGAUGGCACAUAUUUAUGUGCCUCUUUCAUGGGGCUGAAGCCUUCCACUACCAGAAACCAUCUUGUACGAGCUAUACUGGAAUCUGUAGCUUUCAGAAACAAAGUGCUUUAUGAUACCAUUGUGAAGAAGGUGCACAUUCCUCUUCAAACCAUUCGAGCUGAUGGAGGUGUCAGUAAUAAUAGUUUUGUUAUGCAGAUGACUUCAGAUUUAAUUAAUAAGAAAAUAGAAAAACCUGCAAAUGCAGAUAUGUCUAGUCUUGGUGCAGCUUUUCUAGCAGGCCUUGCUUCAGGAUUUUGGACUGACAAAGAACAACUAAAGAAGCUAAGGAGAAUAGAAGCAGUGUUUGAGCCCCAAAAGGACUCAGAGGAAUACAGACCUGCUAUGGAUACCUGGCUACAAGCAAUGAAACACUCCCUGCACUGGUAGAAAUUGGCAUUUUAAUUAUAGAAGAAUUAAGAUGUUUUAAUUCAUAUUUAUAACAUCUUGACAUUAACAGGACAGUGAAAACCAUAACUGGAAUUCGUGAUGGUAUCUAUAGGAGUUAUGUGGUACUUGGUUACCCCCCUGCUGCUGGAUUACUUACACACUGUAAUGACCCUUCCCAUCGCCCCUGGUCCAGCUGUGGUCCAGCUGCAGCAUUGGUGUCCCUUCCAUGACCUCCUCUGGGUGGCCCAGCUGCUGGAAUCCUACCAUGUACUGCACAGGGGGUGUUCUUCCUAUGAUGGGUUUUCUCCUGAGGAGCUCACCUCCCUUUGGAUCUCUAAAAUCUUUGGUAUGCUAAUCAUCAAGGAAGGGUAAAAGGCACAUACACUCCCCUAGGCAUUGCUGAGAAACUUAAAAUGAUUGUUGGGGGUGGAUUGUGAUGAACUCAAUUGUGUAGAAAGACAUUUUAUUGAUAGUAGCCGGUUGCCAACUUCUGGCUGACAUUCUAAGAAAACAUUUGGCCCAGCUCUGACACUUCUGUGCACUAAAU